GAAAAACAUGGUGAUGAGUUUCCGAGUCUCAGAUCUUCAGAUGUUGCUGGGUUUUGUUGGCAGGAGUAAAAGCGGACUUAAACAUGAACUAGUCACCCGAGCAUUACAGUUGGUCCAAUUUGACUGCAGCCCCGAAGUUUUCAAGAAAAUCAAGGAGCUCUAUGAGACUCGUUACGCCAAGAAGAGCUCGGAGGCGGCGCCUCAGCAGCAGCGCUCUGGGGAGGCUCCUCUCCCCAUGCACCCCUCCUACGACCGCGCCGGCGCCGGCCCCCGGACUCCCCUCCCCACCCCCACCACCAUCGACUACCCCGCGCUCUACGGGAAGUACCUGAACGGCCUCGGGAGGCUGCCCCCCAAAGCUGCCAAGCCCGAAGUUCGACUGGUCAAACUUCCCUUCUACACCACUUUGGACGAGCUGCUGAAGCCCACGGAAUUAGUUCCACAGAAUAAUGAGAAGCUUCAGGAAAGUCCCUGCAUUUUUGCAUUGACACCAAGACAAGUGGAGCUGAUCCGAAAUUCCAGGGAGUUACAGCCGGGUGUGAAAUCGGUUCAGGUUGUGCUAAGGAUCUGUUACACAGACACUAGUUCUCCUCAGGAGGAUCAGUACCCUCCGAACAUCGCCGUGAAGGUGAACCACAGUUACUGCUCGGUGCCGGGCUACUAUCCCUCAAACAAACCCGGCGUGGAACCGAAAAGGCCCUGUCGGCCCAUCAACCUCACCCACCUCAUGUACCUCUCCGUGGCCACCAACCGCAUCACGGUGACCUGGGGCAACUACGGGAAG